AUGUCACACUACUCUGCAGAGCGCCGUGGCCGCUCUGCACGUCGCUACGAUGAUCGUUAUGAUGGUCGCUACGGCGGCCGCUAUGAUGACCGUUAUGACGACCGUUUUGACGACGGCUACCACGACGGCUACCACCAUGGCUACGACGCCUGCGACGACUACGGCAACGACUACGGCCACGACCGUCGCGACUUUACAACCGUUGAUCGCUACCGCUCCCAGCCGGCACGGCGGAGCAAGAGCUCCCAUCGCUCCCACCGCUCAUUCUCCGCUUCAUCCCCCUCUCCUCCUCCCUCCUCCUCCUCCUCCUCCUCCCGCCGUAGCCCUUCCGUCGGCCGCGAACUCAAACACGUCGUCACAUCCGCCCUCACCGCCGGCGCCGUCGAGGCCUUCCGGCUGCGCAACACACCGGGCAAGUGGGCCUCGGGAGCCAAGGGCGGCCGCGUGGCCACGGCAGCCAUUGGUGCGGCUGUCGCUGACACUGCCGUCGAGAGCAACAAUCCCAGCGGCAAGCAUGGGCGGCGGCAUGUGGUUGAAGCGGCAAUGGCCGGUCUGUUGACGGACCGGCUCGUGAAUGGGAAGCGGAAGAAGUGA